CGAAACAGUCGCAGCCAGACACCGUCAGCUUCCGCUAACCCAGCGAGCCGCCAGACAAGGCCUCGUGUCAUAGAAUCUCCCAGUCGGUUGCAGCAGAGUGGACCGCGCCACCGGCUAGAGUGUCGUACUUCUCGCGUGGUCAGUUCGGAUUGUCUGUCGCUUGCGACUGCUCACACGGGUCUGCACACGGCUCCGUCAUCUCGUGUUAACCCGUUCCUUCGUGCAGUUGUGGCUUGACGAUAUCGGCGUCAGAAAUCGACGACAGCCACGAUCAGGUCUGGUAGUUGUUCGAUUCCGUAUUUGUUUAUAUCGCUGUUGGUCUGAACUAGGUUUACACGAGCUUUUCGACAUCUUGUGCUUAGAUAGCCUGCUAGCCAGUCCCCCUCGUUGUUGGUUUCUGCGCAGACGCCAUAACAGCAAUCUGCAACCUCACCACGUUUACCCAGCCUAACAAGCCUUGAUCACGUUGUGACGAAGAACACUGAACGGGAACGCAAACGAGACGCUAUGGCCGGUGACGACAAGAAAGACCAAGUUGCGCAGCAGUCCCCCCUUCAAGUCCAGAAGCAAUCAAAGCAGGAUCAGCAAAAUGGUGACGGCGAUAAUGGAUCGAUUGACGAUUUGGCGCCGUUGAAGGUGCGUAUCUUGACCGAUCCCGGUCUCGUGAAAAUGAUGUCCAACAAGCUCACCUCGUUGAUAGGAACUCCGACGCACUAUAUCGCCUCGCUGCCGAACCAAGUGAAGCUCCGCAUCAAGGCGUUGAAGAAGCUUCAGGUCGAGUACUUCAAGCUGCACGGGCAAUUCUACCGAGAGGCUGCUGAGCUCGAGCACAGGUUCUACAUCAAAUACGAUGAGCUGAUGAGCAAACGGCGCGAUAUCGUCGAGGGCAAACAUGAACCGGAUGCUGGCGAAUGCGAGUAUAAGGAGCCGAAUGAGGAGUUAGCUGCCGACCUAAGUAAAGUAACCAUCGACGAUGCGUCCGUCACCGGCGUCCCGUCGUUCUGGCUUACAUGCAUGAAGAACGUUGCUGACGGUAUCCACGAGUUCGUGAUGGAAGAUGAUGAGCCCAUCCUUGAGCACCUCACUGAUGUCGUUGUCGAGGACAAUAUCGAUUCGUUCAAGCUGCAUUUCCACUUCUCUCCUAACGAAUACUUCAGCAACACAAUUUUGACGAAAGAGUUCAAGUUGAAGCUCGCUCCGACCGACGAGGACCCGUUCAAUUUCGAUGGACCGGAGAUUGUCGCUAUGAAAGGAAUGAAAAUCGAUUGGAAGAGUGAUGAUAAGAACGUUACACAACGAAAGAUUUCGAAAAAGCAGAAAAACAAGAAAACGGGCACAACGCGCACCGUCACGAAAACGGUGCAAACGGACUCGUUCUUCAAUUUCUUCUCACAUCCAGAGUGGAUUGAGGAUAGCGAAGACAUGGAAGAAGACCUUGCGGAGACCUUUCACGCGGAUAUCACUCUCGGAUCAUUCUUUCGUGAGCGCCUGGUACCUCGCGCCGUUCUCUACUUCACAGGUGAACUAGCCCAGUUCGACGAAUACGACGAGGAAGAAAUUGAUGAGGAAUUGGACGAGGUCGACGAAGACGCCGACCCAGAGGCCGACCCCGAUUUCAGGCCUUCGAAGAAAGCCUUGCGUAAGGCUGCAGCCCAACAGCAGGAGUGCAAGCAACAGUAAAGGACUUCAUUAGAGACAAAGAUAAAUAUAGGUAUGCUGCGACGAAUGCGAAAUGCGAGGAUCUUAAGUCUUGCUGAGACGAGCUACGCCGGUUUAGCUAACCAAGUCCAGUACAUUCAGCAUUGGCAGUAAGGAUUAUGGAACUGAAAUGAGAUUGCGCCAUCGGAAAAGCGGGUCAGGCCUGCUAUCAGCAAUAAUACCAACGGCAACAAGCUUAACAACAAUGUUGCCGUACCAAUAGGAAGGUUUACCUGAUGCAUCAAUAAGGACAUGCGAGGGAAAAGCGUGACUUUGACGUAUGUGAUUUUGCUCAAAUACGCAGCAAGAGCCACUACAAGUAUUGUAUUUCGCCAAUGUCUAUUAUAUUAAAGACUUUGUGGAUUAUUAUAAAAAAAAAGAGUAGGUUGUAGAAUAUGAUAAAACGAGACUUUUCAUAUAUAAAAUACGGAUGCAUCUAUAUUCAAUCAACAUUGACAAUAUCAUUAAGAAAAAAAUAUUUUUGGUCAAAAUUUCCCCUCUCAUUUUGACAAGCAAAUUUGUAUCCAAGUUUUGAAUUACAUCAUUUCGGCAUUACUGCGGUAAUUAGACAGUCCACCUUGUUUAUGGAUAGCUGAACAUUGCAUUGAAGUCUGGUUAAUUAACGACGCAUUCUUUCAACUAUUGUUGUUAUUAUUCCAAUUGUUACAGUUUUGCUAUGUAGCAAGGUGCGUUUGUUCUCAUUAAUAGUCUUUUGAUCAUUUCUCCACAUAAUAUGCAUCGAUACUGAACAAUUCUCAUAGCACCUAUACUCGUUUGUAUUCCGAAGUGUGCAGACGAGUUUAUCGAAUUUGGAGUUAGCUCACCCCUCUAUUUGAAAGGCGGCAAAGACACUAUUAUUUUCAUUAUAAUGAUUGCCUGCAUUUUGUAUUAAUAAAAUAGUGUAUGAUGAUGUCAAUACAACGCUUGGUGAUACCAUACGAGGAUACGUUGUUUUCGAUAAUUAACCGUACUCGAUAAAUCCUAAGCUUACGCUCUAUUGACACAGUAACACAGUCAAUACCCCGAUACGCGGAUCCAUUAACGGGCGGAUGCGCAAGAUAUGAUAAGUAUACAACAGCAAAAUGAAUGAGUGGAAAACAACAACAAAGCACGGUAGUGAUUGAAACCUUCCUGUGGAAUCACAGGACUCUGGCCACGGGCACGAGUGCCGCUGAGAGAAGCUGGUGCUAUGCUGAGGCGUUUGCUAGAUUGUCGAGGUUUCGUUGAAACGGCACGACGGUGUUAUUGUUGUCAAGCCUAACUCAUGUGUACCAGUGCCGCGUGGUGAACGUUGUAAAAAUUAUGAAAUAAUGGGAAAAAAGUAUGUGAAAAUGUCAUGAAAAUGACAGAACAUUAGACCGCAUAGAAGCAAAGCAAUGAGACGAUGAGCAAAACGAAACGUGAAGUAAUAAACCACAUGGAAUGAGACACGAAUAAUUCCUUUGAGGAUAGAACACAACAAUGUUAUUUUUUGCGUAAUAAAUAAUCAAUAAACACUGCGUCGGCGGAAUGCAAUCGUUGUUACA